GUGUCUGUUCGCUCCUUUAUUUUACCACCUGAAAUUCCGGGGAAACAACUUCCUUUCAUCGACAGAACUGUGUUCACUAAUUCAAGUUCAGCAGAUGGGGGCGGAGCCUCGGUUUCCUAGAAGCUUAAUCAACAGGAUCUACGCUCCGUUGGCUGAUGACAUUCAUUUUGCGGCCCCUAUCCCAUCCUUGAGAACCAGUGAAGUUGAACUGGUACAGGGGGUUUUGCGAAUGUUACAAGGUUUUCCUGGCUCCCUGUUCUUUUGGGACCAUGUUGGAAACAGUUUUCGUGUCAAAAGUGGAAUAUAUCUGAGUCAUCUGUCUCAGACAAGCCUUCACUCCCUCCUUAAUCAAUUUAUGCAUGCUGCAACAUGUUUGCAAUUGGUUGAGAUCACAAUCAACAAAGUUGAAGCUUCUGUCCCAAAACCUCCUCCCACUUUAAAGGCCUUUGUGUGCUCGGCUUCGGCCUGGCUUAAGCGUUUGCGGAAUAUUGCCUUGAAGGAGGAAAUAACGACGAACAAUGCAAAUGACACAACUAUUCCAACCUUGUUAGGUUUGGCAAGUUCUUUAUCGAGUCUUUGCUCAGGUGCUGAGUACAUGUUGCAAAUAGUACACGGGACGAUUCCCUCAGUGUAUUUUGAGAUUGCUGCAUCCAUACCAGCAGCAGAGUUGGCUGUUCAUGUACUCGACUAUCUUUACAAGAAGCUUGAUGAAAUUUGUCUACUGCAAGGUGGUGAGGAGGAAGCUUAUCAUAUGGUGCUAUAUAUGCUUGUUGGAAGCUUAUUGCCAUAUAUUGAGGGCCUUGAUUCCUGGCUUUUUGAAGGAACACUUGAUGAUCCUUCUAAUGAGAUGUUCUUUUUUGCCAACAAAGGUGUCUCAGUUGAUGAGGCUGAGUUUUGGGAGAAGAGCUAUUUACUGAGAUUGUUGCAGCAUAGCAAGCUAGACGUUGAGUACUCUACCAUAAAUUUUUCUAGUGAUUCCAUGCCAGUGCCAAAUGACAGGAAGGAAAUGGGAAGGAGGGAUUCUGUUUCUUUGUCUGGUACAGUCAAAGGAAAAGAGCAUAGCAUCAGAAACCAUCAAGCUUGCCCUUUUUUUAUGAAGGAUUUAGUAAAGUCAAUAGUUUCUGCUGGAAAAUCAUUGCAGCUGAUGCAGCAUGUUCCUAUGAAUUCCUUAGCAGUGUAUGGUAAAGGAAAUGAUUGUGAGAUUGGAAGUACCAGAGAUUUACACAGUAAUUUAUGUGGUUCUUUACACAGUAAUUUAUGUGGUUCUCAGAGUAUUUCUGGCCUAACCUUGUCCGAAGUGUUUUGUGUGUCACUGGCAGGACUUAUUGGUGAUGGUGACCAUAUCUGUAAGUACCUUUUACUGGAUGACUGGCAGAAAUAUGGUUCUGUUUCUUCUUUUGCAUUUUGUGCAAAUGAUCAAGAUGCAAAAAUUGACAGUAGUGAGAAUUCACCUGUUUUGCCAUGCUCAGAGAAAAUUUGGUACAAGUUCUUGGUGGAUACAUUAUUGCAGAAAAAGUCAGCUGUCUUGAAUCUGAAACGUAAAAGCACAUGUGAUAAUCACAUAAAAGACCAAGGAGGAGUUAGAGAUCUUGAGCAUGAAAUGAUUCCCUUGAGAUCAUGCAUAGAAAAUCCAGUAAUCACUCCAUGUCGAAUAAUCCUUGGAAAGAAUAGGGCUACCUGGAAAACAUUGAACUUAUCUCAAAAUUUUGACUUGCCUGCCUUAAAUGAUGAGAUUCUAAGAAAGGCUAUAUUUGAUGGAGAUGGUAAAGCAUUUUCUGAUAGUGAAGGAACAAACUAUACUUUUGGUUUUCGGUUUGGUGAAUCUGAAUAUCUUCGUUCACAGGAUGAAAGAAAACUGUUGGAAAUGCUGUUGCCAUUUCCUACUCUUCUGCCUUCAUUUCAGGAUGACCUUCCUGUAUCAGAGCUCUUACCUUUCCAAAGAAACAGCACCCUUCCCUCUAGAGUUCUUCUUUGGAUGCAAAAUAUUGACCUGCGAACUACUCCACUUCCUCUUGUUAUUAUGCAGCACUGUCUAACUGCCUACAUUCAAAAGCAGGUGGAUUAUGUUGGAAGGAAUAUAUUAUUAAAGUUAAUGGACGAAUGGAGAUUGAUGGAUGAGCUUGCAGUUCUGCGUGCUAUUUACUUAUUAGGUUCAGGUGAUUUGCUGCAACAUUUUUUAACUGUCAUUUUCAAUAAACUGGAUAAGGGAGAAACUUGGGAUGAUGAUUUUGAGUUAAACACAAUUUUACAGGAAUCAAUCAGAAAUUCUGCUGAUCGCAUGCUGCUAAGUGCUCCAGAUUCAUUGGCAGUGUCAAUAACAAAAAAUCUUGGUGUUGACAGUGACGAGCAAGCAGCCACAGCUAGUGUUUCAACAUCCCAUAAUGGUCAUGCCCAUAUCUUUGGAAUCGAUGGCCUUGAUAUGCUGAAAUUCACAUAUAAAGUCCCUUGGCCUCUUGAGCUCAUUGCCAAUACAGAGGCAAUUAAGAAGUAUAACCAGGUGAUGCGGUUUUUGUUGAAAGUCAAGCGAGCAAAAUUUGUACUUGAUAAAGUGCGACGAUGGAUGUGGAAGGGUAGGGGAUCUGCAACAAACAACAACAAACGCCAUUGGUUGGUGGAGCAGAAACUCCUCCAGUUUGUGGAUGCUUUUCAUCAAUAUGUGAUGGAUCGAGUAUAUCACAGUGCAUGGCGGGAACUAUGUGAAGGUAUGACAGCAGCCAAAUCUCUGGAUGAAGUCAUUGAAGUCCAUGAGGCUUACAUGUUGUCAAUUCAGCGGCAGUGCUUUGUGGUUCCCGAUAAGCUGUGGGCUCUGAUUGCCAGCCGCAUUAACCGCAUCCUUGGCUUAGCUUUAGAUUUUUAUAUCAUACAAACCCUAGGCAGUGGUGGAGCUGUUUCUGCUAUCAAGGCAAGGUGUGAGAUGGAAAUGGACCGAAUAGAGAAACAGUUUGAUGACUGCAUCGCUUUCCUACUAAGGGUAAAAACGGUUUACUCUAAUGCUGUACUCCAUCUUAGUAAUGAUUAAAACAUGGAUUUCUUGUGGUCAGACUCUGAUCUGUGCGCAAUACAUGUUCAUUCUCAUGCAAUUAUGCACUUCAAGUUAUUGACUCUGCAAAGACAUGCUCAUAUGCAUUGUUUGCCUGCCUAACAAUAAUGUGCUACGGGGCUUGAAGGUCAAUUGAUUUUAACACGGAGAUGCUCUUUACUUGGCUGUAAAUGAAAGCACCAAUUGUGGAAUAAAAUGUUGACUUCAUUUCGUUGAGGUCACAGCGUUACAUUUUCAAUGGAAAUUCAUGUCUUUAUGGAAUAUAAAACAUCAGCUUAAGUGGACCUCCAGUGUUAAUAACAUAAUUCCUAUCCUG